AUGAUGAUCUUUUAUAUAAUAGCAAGUCUCUACAAUUUCAUUACCUCGAACUACGACAUAUCAGGGCAAAUUACUUACUCUAUCAUUUCAGAUAAGAUGGCCGUGUCAGACAUUCAAAUUAAGGUUAAUAAUUCAAUAUGGGACAGCUACCAAGUUGAUAUUUAUAACAAAUCGGCAGUGUUCUUAUGUGUGGAUAGAAGUGGAUCAAUGGGAACACUACUAGGCCAGUAAAAGCGUAUUGAUGUAGUAAAGGAUUAGAUUCUUAGUUUUGCAAAGACAUUCUUCACUAAAGAUCUGACUAAGAAUGUAACUCUCUAUGUUACUUUUUAUGAUGAUGAGGUUGAUACAUAGGGAUUCACUGAUUACUAAAGCCUAUAAGCUUAUAUGAAUGAUAAAUCUACUCCUGGAGGCGACACUGGUUUCUAUCUGGCUUUGCAGGAUGUCCUAAGCAAGGUUAAAGAAAAUAAUCUGCAGAACAUUCAUGUAUACCUCCUGAGUGACGGUCAAGAUUCGUAUCCAGAUGAUACUUAAAAAGUUAUGAAGAGCUUGCACACUUACUUGACCCAGAACAGUAUUCAUUCAAGGUUUUCAGCGAUUGGAAUUGCCUAGCCUGACACCUAGACAAUGAGUGAAAUAAUUAACCUGGGAACCAUUAGUGGAGACUAUGUUUAUGUCGAUGAGUCCAAGUCCUCUGAUACUCAAAUUUAGUAAAUAAACUAAUUCUACGACUUAAUAAAUACAUAUGUUUUCAAUCAGCCAAAAGGUAUCACCCUGACAAUUUUAGAUGAAACUAUUUUCCUUAAAUUAUUCAAAGAUGGAGCAACUCAAACUCACCAAGUCUUCCUCUUAACAGGUCACAUAUUCAAUCUUUAAGACAUCAAAACUUAUCUUGGAAAGCUUAAGGGGAUUUUAGAAGAUAAAUCCUAUCAUUACUCAAACAUCUCUCUAGUAAAGAAGAACAUCGGCUACGAUGACAAUAAAGAUUUGCUAGUUAUCUAUAAUAGUGUGGUUCAGCUUAACUUUGACCUGACUAGACAGAUCGUUAAAGCUGAUAUCGAUGAUAUUUAGGCUUAAAUCAAUGGAAACCUUAAGGACUCAUUAAAGCAAGACAUUAAGAAGGAUUAUCAAUACAUUGACUCGUAACUCAAGAAUAUGGAAAUAGUUAUUAAUAAUAAUCAAGAUAAGAAUUUGAAUGUAAAGGAGAGAGGAUCAGUAGAACAGUACAGGAACUUUGUGUUGAAGAGAUUUGAAGAUAGACAACUUGAAGUAUUUGAUGCAUCCAGUCCAGAUGAAAAAGAUGAUUUAGAUGAUGGUACUGGUGAUAGUGAUACUAAAACAGAUACUAAGGCAAUGAGAGUAGUAAUUGGAAUUAAGCAUAUCUUUGAAGUCAUUAUUACAAUCACAAUUUUCCUAUUCUAUGCUAUCAGAUGCAAGUGCAGUUUUAUCAAAUUCAGAAUCUGCUGUAUUUAUGUGUUCGUGGCCUAUAUUGUCCUACUAGUCCAAGAUUUCAUUUUAAUGGCACCACCUAUCUGGAUAUUCAUCUACCAUGUUGCUCUGCUUAUGAUUAUCUUUGUAGUCUCUCUUAGAAAGAAGGAUCCCAGUCAGGAGGGUAAUGACAGAACUGACUCGCUCCAAAGAGUUUCUUUGAAUCCAAAUAAUUACGUGCAGAUUAAUGAACAAAACGAAGAAGUAGAGGUAAGAGAGGAUGAUUAGGCUAACGCAGCUGCAAACAAGAAGCCAGGGGUGGUAUUCUCAAAGACAUAUCGUGAAGAGUUCUUGAAGUCUUCCUCCCUGACUAAAAUUGCAUUCAUGGCAUUCUUGUUUAUGGAGUUGACUCUGAGUAUUUGCAUUAUAGCUUUAGCAUUACAAUGA